AUGUCUCAGCCGUCAAUGCUUGAAAUCCGAAAGGAUGAAAUUACCCCAAGCGAGGGCGUUGUCAACUUGCUUCCUUGCCGCGUCCAGCACACAGGUCCUAUCGGGCCAUCUUCAGCUUAUUGGAAUCCCACUAUAGAUGAGAACGACAAUAAGACGGCAUAUCUUCGAGGGCGGAAGCUUCAGGGAAAAGUUGCAUCAUUACCUCCGAAUUAUCGAGGCUUUGUUCUUCAGCGAAAAGACGACGAACAAAAAGAUGCCGAGCAACCAGAUAUCAUCAUGAUAGGAGAGGACGGAGAUGAGGGCUCGGCUCCUAUACUGGGAACAAUGCACACCGUAACAGAAUUUGAUAAAAUGGUUGUCUGGUCGCAUGACGCAGUUACAGAUGCUUCAGCAGACCCCUACCUAAGAAACGUGGAAGAGUGGCUUCAAGUAUCGGAUAGUAUACAUUCUUAUGAUACCGCAGAUAAGGGAGAGUCGAAAUGAAGAACGAGAUGAGAUUUGGCAAGAGAUGGGCUGUUGAAUCAUGCCAAAAGAUUACUUCAUGAUACCCACGUUCUAGACAAUACAAGGCAUAUAAACUAGAAGCAUUCGAUUUCUCUUCUUCCAAUUCUUCUAAUAUUUGAUCGAUUGCUGG